AUGGCGGCGUCCAGCGAGAGCACUCAAAUGGCAGGACCGGACGAGGUGAAGAUCGACGUGCACGACCGCGAUGCCGGCGUGCCCACCGACGCCGACCUCGAUGUCUCCGAGGAGGCGAAUAAGCAGGUGCGGUUCCACCCGCAGCCGACGAUCACGAUCAGGAGCGAGGAACCGCCGGAGCAGGAGCAGACGACCACGCUGGCGCGCAGCGAUAGCAUGCGAGACCGGCGGUUCGACCACUUCAAGACCUUCGCCGGGCGCCUGGAGCGGCAGCUCUCCAGCCUCCGAGGAGGGUCGCGUCACCCGUCCGACGACAACGAGCCCGGCGAGUCCAAGCUCUCCGAGGACGACACCGACGACGACGAGGUCCCCACCGCCGACCGGUACUUCGCCGCCCUCGAGGGCCCCGAGCUCGAGACGCUCCGGCCGACGGAGGUGCCGGUGCUGCCCGAGGACGAGACGUGGCCGUUCCUGCUGCGGUUCCCCAUCAGCGCGUUCGGGAUGUGCAUGGGCGUGAGCAGCCAGGCGAUGCUGUGGAAGACGCUGGAGCUGGAGAACUCCACGGCGUUCCUCCACGUCAACCGCGACGUCAACGGCGCCUUCUGGUGGCUCUCCGUCGCCCUCAUGGGCCUCGUCUCCGCCACCUACCUGCUCAAGGUCGUCUUCUACUUCGAGGCCGUCCGCCGCGAGUUCCACCACCCCAUCCGCGUCAACUUCUUCUUCUCGCCGUGGAUCGCAUGCCUGUUCCUCGUCAAGGGCCUGCCGGAGCCGGUGGGGACGGUCCACCACGUGGUGUGGUACGUGCUGAUGGCGCCGCUCUUGGUCCUGGACCUCAAGGUGUACGGGCAGUGGAUGUCGGGCGGCGAGUGGCGGCUGUCCCGGGUGGCGAACCCGACGAGCCACCUCGCCGUCGUCGGCAACUUUGUCGGCGCGCUGCUGGGCGCCCGGAUGGGGCUCCGCGAGGCUGCCAUCUUCUUCUUCGCCGUGGGGCUCGUGCACUACGUGGUGCUGUUCGUGACGCUGUACCAGCGGCUCCCCACCAACGUGCCGCUGCCCAGGGAGCUCCACCCGGUGUUCUUCCUCUUCAUCGCGACCCCGAGCGUGGCCUCCGUGGCCUGGGCCAGGAUCUGCGGCGAGUUCGGCCACGGCGCCAAGGUCGCCUACUACAUCUCGCUCUUCCUCUACCUGUCGCUGGUGGUGCGCGUCAAGUUCUUCAGGGGGGUCCGCUUCUCGCUGGCGUGGUGGGCCUACACGUUCCCGAUGACCAGCGCCGCCAUCGCGACGGCGGUCUUCGCGUCGGAGGUGAAGAACGUGCUGACGCAGGCGCUGGCGGUGGUGCUCGCCGGCGUCGCGUCGGUGACAAUGGCGGCCGUGCUGGCAGCGACCAUGUACCACGCGUUCGUGCGCAGGGACCUGUUCCCGAACGACGUGUCCAUCGCCAUCAGGCGGCGGCCCAAGGCCAAGUUCGGCAAGAUCCUCGCGCGCCUCAGGACCUCCAGCGCGGACCUCAAGGAGCUCGUCUCCAGGCACGCCGGCUCGGAGACGAGCAGCUUCAGCGAGCCACCCAGCCCGAUGGUGUACGACGGCCGGGGCAGGGCAGAGCCGUAG